CCUGUUCACAACAACAAGUUCUUAUUGGCUGCCGAAUUGAUGAAAAACGAUAAUCACAACCUCGAAGCAGAAGUCCAGUGUAGAGCAUCACAGCGGAGCAGACGCCCCCCUAACAGCCCUCAUACAGGACUGCAGCAGGACUUCAAACAUCUGGUCAGGAUGAAGAGGAAUCCACAGGAGGAAAUUGAGGAAAUUAAUGAAGAAGAUAAUAACUAUGUUAAUGCUCCAGCCUGGACUGUGGAUGAAGUGGCAGCCCCCCCAGACCAGAGGUCUCUCUUCUUCUCUCGGUCUUCUCCACUGAUAGCAGUGUGUUGGCUGAUACUGUUAGUCAUCAUGGGCCUUCGGAUCUACUUUACUCCUGUCAUCAACGACUGCAAGCUGACGGCAGAAAACCAGCAGCUGGAGACCCAGAGGAACAACUUAACAAAACAAAUACAAGACCUGGAGACAAACUGGAAUAAACUCAACGUCAGUCGAGCUCAGUGGAGCAUUGAUGCCUACUGCCCCAAAGAUAAUUCAGGGAGACGGUGUAAAGCCUGUCAGGAGGGAUGGGAACUCACCGGGCCCAGCUGCUAUGAGGUCCACGAUGUUGUUUCUUCUUAUCGGAAAACCUGGGAAGAAGCUCGAGAAGACUGCAGAGGAAAGGGUUCAGAUUUGGCUGUUUAUACUAAAGAGGAACAUGGCGUAAUCAACAAAUACAGCGCGGGUAGUUCAGGAACUGAUGGAUACUGGUUUGGUCUGAGAGCUGAAGGAGGGAGAUGGAAGUGGGUUGAUGGAAGUGAUCUGACUGAAAGCCACUGGACACCACAGCCUCCUCCUGCUACUGACGGUCAGUGUGCAAUGUCUGUCCAGAACGCAGCAUGGCAAUCAGUGAAAUGUGCUGAGAAAAAACGAUGGAUCUGCAUAGUGAAGGCUUUAUCUUUUUAAACACAGCUGUCAGACUCUGCAUGAUAAUAUCAACUGGCUUAUAAAUAUCACAU